ACCGCUUCUCUAUAUUCUAGGCCUUGGAUGUGGACCGGAUGGUUCUUUACAAAAUGAAGAAAUCCGUGAAAGCAAUAAAUAUCUCUGGGCUGGCUCACGUGGAGAACGAGGAGCAGUACACCCAGGCUCUGGAGAAGUUUGGUGGCAACUGCGUGUGCAGAGACGACCCGGAUUUAGGAAGUGCAUUCCUGAAGUUCUCAGUGUUUACAAAGGAGUUGACAGCACUUUUCAAAAACCUGAUUCAGAAUAUGAACAACAUCAUCUCCUUUCCUCUGGACAGUUUGCUGAAGGGGGACCUGAAAGGAGUAAAAGGGGAUCUGAAAAAGCCUUUUGAUAAAGCUUGGAAGGACUAUGAAACAAAAAUAACCAAAAUUGAAAAGGAAAAGAAGGAGCAUGCCAAGCUGCAUGGGAUGAUUCGCACUGAAAUCAGCGGGGCUGAAAUCGCUGAAGAGAUGGAGAAGGAGCGGCGGCUUUUCCAGCUACAGAUGUGCGAGUAUCUGCUGAAGGUCAAUGAAAUUAAGAUUAAAAAGGGAGUGGAUUUACUUCAGAAUCUGAUCAAAUAUUUUCAUGCCCAGUGCAAUUUUUUCCAGGAUGGACUGAAAGCAGUUGAGAGCCUCAAGCCUUCCAUUGAGACACUUUCAACAGACCUUCACACAAUCAAACAGGCCCAGGAUGAAGAAAGAAGGCAAUUAAUACAGCUUCGAGAUAUUUUGAAAUCAGCGUUGCAGGUUGAACAGAAAGAGUCUAGGAGAGAUCCACAAAUUCGCCAGAGUACAGCCUAUAGUUUACAUCAGCCUCAGGGAAACAAAGAACACGGGACUGAGCGGAACGGCAAUCUGUACAAGAAGAGCGACGGGAUCCGAAAAGUGUGGCAGAAAAGGAAAUGUUCCGUUAAAAACGGUUUCCUGACCAUAUCCCAUGGCACCGCUAACCGGCCUCCUGCGAAACUCAACCUAUUAACCUGCCAAGUGAAGACCAACCCCGAGGAGAAAAAGUGUUUUGACCUUAUUUCACAUGACAGGACGUACCACUUCCAAGCGGAGGACGAGCAGGAAUGUCAAAUAUGGAUGUCUGUGCUGCAGAACAGCAAAGAAGAGGCUUUAAACAAUGCAUUUAAGGGGGACGACAAUACCGGGGAAAAUAACAUAGUCCAAGAACUGACCAAGGAGAUCAUCUCCGAAGUGCAGAGGAUGACAGGCAAUGACGUGUGUUGCGACUGCGGGGCGCCAGAUCCUACAUGGCUUUCCACCAAUUUGGGCAUCCUGACCUGCAUUGAGUGCUCUGGAAUCCACCGGGAGCUCGGGGUUCACUACUCGCGGAUGCAGUCCCUCACGUUAGAUGUCUUAGGAACAUCUGAGCUGCUGCUUGCCAAGAAUAUUGGGAAUGCGGGCUUUAAUGAGAUUAUGGAGUGUUGCCUUCCAGCUGAGGACUCGGUCAAACCCAACCCGGGCAGCGACAUGAAUGCCAGAAAGGACUACAUUACUGCCAAGUACAUCGAGAGGAAAUAUGCAAGGAAAAGGCAUGCAGAUAAUGCAGCAAAACUUCACAGCCUUUGUGAGGCCGUCAAAACAAGAGAUAUUUUUGGAUUACUCCAAGCGUAUGCUGACGGUGUGGAUCUUACAGAAAAAAUCCCACUGGCCAACGGACAUGAGCCAGAUGAAACUGCCCUCCAUCUUGCAGUCAGAUCGGUGGACCGGACUUCUCUCCACAUUGUAGACUUUUUAGUUCAGAACAGUGGGAACCUGGAUAAGCAGACGGGGAAGGGCAGCACCGCCCUGCACUACUGCUGCCUGACGGACAACGCCGAGUGCCUCAAGCUCCUGCUGCGGGGGAAGGCCUCCAUCGAGACGGCUAAUGAGUCCGGAGAGACGCCACUGGACAUCGCCAGACGCCUCAGGCACGAGCACUGCGAGGAGCUGCUGACCCAGGCCUUAUCUGGGAGGUUUAACUCUCACGUCCACGUCGAGUACGAGUGGCGACUGCUCCAUGAAGACCUGGAUGAGAGUGAUGACGAUGUGGACGAGAAAUUGCAGCCCAGCCCCAGCCGGCGAGAAGACCGGCCCGUCAGCUUCUACCAGCUGGGCUCCAACCAGCUGCAGUCCAGUGCCGCAUCUUUGGCCAGAGAUGCUGCCAGCCUGGCCAAGGACAAGCAGAGGAGCUUUGUGCCCAGCAUCCUGCAGAACGAGACGUACGGCGCGAUCCUCAGUGGCAGCCCGCCAUCCACCCAGCCUGUGGCCCCCAGCACCGCCAGCGCGCCCCCGCUGCCCCCACGGAACGUUGCCAAAGUUCAGACAGCCUCCUCCGCUACCGCCCUGUGGAAGACAAACUCUGUAAGUGUGGACGGUGCAAGCAGGCAGCGAUCUUCGUCAGAUCCGCCAGCUGUCCAUCCACCGCUGCCCCCUCUCCGCGUGACAUCUACCAAUCCCCUGGCUCCCACACCGCCCCCUCCAGUAGCAAAAACGCCCAGUGUGGUAGAAGCCUUGAGCCAGCAGAUCAAGCCGGCCCAGCCUGGGAUCCCACUGAGCAAAGCCCCGCCCCCACCCCUGCCGCCCCAGCUGCCCAGCCGCCUCCCCCAGAAGAGGCCCACUCCCGGGUAACCACCUGUCUUCAAGCCCCCCUCAGGGCCUGGCCACAUGGCCCUCCUUGCCUCUUGCACUCAAGGAACUUGCAAGUGGCGAUGGCCCCAUUACUUCGUCUGCAGAAAUUUCUGUGCAAACAUUUGAAAUCUCCAGUGCUACUACUGUAUGACGUUUGAGUUCAGGUGUCACCUAACUACUCCUUCAGGGUCAAGUGUCUUAAAAAUAACUUACCAAGAAUUCUUAAACUGUAAAAAUGUAAUACAAAUGUAAUAUCUUAUACCCACAUAAUGAAUUUAGACUUCUGUUUAGUACAGACACUGGUUUUUCGGGAAUUGAGGUCAAGAUGCUAGGCCUCUAGGUUCAAUUUGUUGCUCACUCACAAGAUUAUCUUGCUUACGUGCAUCCUCCGCAGUAUGGGGCGUAUAUUUCCCACAAACUAGGAUGUUCUCCUGCAUAAACACAAUACAGCCAGCACAGUCAGAAAAUUAACAAAGACACAUUCCUACCUUCCAGUCCUCAGACCCCAUUCGAAGUUUGCCACUUGUCAAUUUAACAUCCUUUACCAGAGAGGGAUCCAGUUCAUGGUCUCAAGCUGGAUCCUGAUAGUGGAAAACGGUUUCUUUUAGUGGCCGUGAUACUUAGAAGCCAAGAUCUGAGUGCUGUGUGUGCUCACUGCUCUCGGAGGGUCACCACUCCAAGGCAGGCCCUCUGAGGGGUCAGAACCAGGGAUACACACACGUAUAUGCAUAGAUGACCAUGUAGAUGAACAUUUGUGAGCACAUUUAUCUCUGUAUUUCUAUCUCGUCUUCAAAUCCAUGAGUUCGCACUGUCUCCCAUUUCAAACCAUACCAAGACUUACCGACCUAAGACACAACCAUUUUGUUAUGCUCCCAAACGCUGUCUGUCAGGAAUUUGGAUCAGCAUAGUGAGGAUAGCUUGUCUUUUCUCCACAAUAUCUGGGGCCCUAACUGGAAAGUCUCAGAGGCUGGGGAUGGUUCGACACAGAAAGCAACUCCUGGGUGAAGGGCUCAUACACCUCUCCACUCCAUGCAUCUGGUGGUUGGUGCUGGCCGUCGGCCGGGGCUGUGCUGGAAUACUUACUUGUACGUGGCCUCUCCAUGUGGUGAGGGCGUCCUCGAAUCAUGGUGGCUGGGCCCAAGCACGCGUCCCAAGAAACAGGCACAGCCCUGGAGAAUUCUGCCGUGUGUCACGGAUCAAACAGUGGCAGAACCCAGACUCAGGGUUGAGGUGGGGACAGUGCAGGAGCACAGAGUGGUUACAGACUCCAGAUCUCGGGAAGAAAUUUGGGGGCAGUGUUUUCAGAGCACCACAGGGUUCAUGCUCAUCAUUUCUCUCUCUGUGCUCCUUACUCCCUUCUCAGUGGUGAGAAAUCUGGCUCCCAUCUCUGCCUCCACCUCUCCCUCUCCCUGCUGAGCUCUAGGGUCCCCCAUGGAGGUCUAAUUCACCCUGCUGGGGGCUCUCUCACUGCCCCGCCAGGCAACUGCCUGCCUUGUCCACCUCAGGCACACCCCGACAGGCCUCCUGUCCCUGCUGAGGCUCUGACUCCCCAGGGCAGGUCUGUUUUCAUCCAUGCCACCAGGUAGAUGAUGGAGCCUUUCAGGAUAUAAGCUACAUCUUUCAGUUCUGAGAAAUUCUGUUGAUUUUUUUUAAUGCCUUAAUUUCUGUUUUUUCUUUUCUUGCUUUUAAUAUGACUUGUAUUAUUCAGAUAUCAGACUCCCUUGGCCUUUCCUGUACCUGUAGCAUCUUUUCUGUCUUUAUUCUGAUAAGCUGACAGCUCUAACAGCCUCCCCCUGAAUCAGUCUCAGUGGUUUAACAUAUGGCGGUUGACUUCUUACACGAAGUUGAGUGCCCAUAUUCUUGCUUGUACUGGAGCCCCAAGGGGUGAGUGGGAGACCCAGACCCUUUUUACUUCUGACACCACCUUCUUUAUCCCCAGCCAAGGGUUACUUCCUGGGGACGGGGGCGGGUACCCGAAAGGGUGCCUCGCACCAGAGCUGGUGCCAGGGCUCCAUCUGGAGGCCGGGGCUGGAAAUGCAGCUCUGUACAGCCUAGGGGCCGGCACUCUGCCCUCUCCUAGCUUCCAUUUCUGCAUGGCUGGCUGGCUGGCUGGCUUGCUUUCUUUUUUUUGUUUUUAUUAUAUUAUGUUAAUCACCAUACAGUACAUCCC